GCACACACAUGGACACGCAGGCGAAUACAAAGAGCUGUGCAACCUUCCCCUUGGUGUCUACAGGAAGAGAAGCAUCCUGAGGCUUUCCACUCCGCAUCAGGGCCAUCUUACCUUCUACUGCCUCUGAAAUCCCGGUCUUGAUGUCGUUCAGCGCCACUAUCUUGUUCUCCCCACCCCACCCUAAUGAAGCCAAAUGCUGCUGUUGCACUUGCAAGCAGGAGCCGGGGGCUCCUGUCACGGCCCCACCACCACAGGCCCCAUCGUCCUCUCCUUGCACCCCCAUCACCAUCACAGGCACGGGGCUGUCAGUCCAGUCCUCGGAACAGCUGCUCCACAUUAUCUACCAGCGGGUCGAAAAGGCGGUCGGCUUAGCCGAACUGGCGCUGAGCUUGGCGAGGGCCAAUAAUGAAGCCCUGAGACGUCUUGAGGAAGACGUGGCAGCCUUGCGCCGGGGGCCCCUCGUGGCCCUCAAAGCCAGCCCCCUGCGGGUCCCCGAGGAGCCCGAAAACGAGGAGGAAUUGGAGGCCGAAGAAUUCGGGAACGGUGUCCAGGUGGUCAUUGAAGAAUUGAAGCAGCUGGGUGCUGCGUCGGCAGCAGUGGGGCGGCCCGAACCCUUGGCCUUCUCGCCCGUGCCGGGCCUUGGCGGAGUAGCCGAGGAAUGUCCUGCAGGAGAUGCCCCAAUGCCGCUGGUCUAUGUCCCUCCUUCUCCUGCCCCACAGAUGGCCCAGCAACCACCGUUCCAACCUCUGGAAGAGCCUCUUUCCUGCCCGGAGGGGUCCCCCAGCAGCACGACUCACGAGGAGCCCACGAACGUUGAACCCCAUUUCUGUGUAGGCUUCGCUGGUCUCCCUUGCAGGAGCAGAAACCUUGGGCAGAAAAAUGCCAGGCGCAAAAGGGAUCUGGUCUUAUCUAAAUUGGUCCACAAUGUUCACAACCACAUCACCAACGAAAAACGGUUUGAUGGCGCAGAAAGCAUUAAAUCAUCUUGGAAUAUUUCGGUAGUCAAGUUUUUGUUGGAAAAACUCAAACACGAAUUGGUCUCCAAUCACCAUAAUUAUACGGAUAAGGAACUAAAAGGUGCUUGCGUGGCCUACUUUCUGACUAAGCGACGCGAAUAUCGGAACUCUCUCAAUCCCUUCAAAGGGCUUAAGGAGAAAGAGGAGAAGAAAUUACGAAGCAGGCGGUAUCGGCUUUUCGCCAACCGUUCGGGGGUGGCCCGGUUGUUGGGCUCGGAUGAGCAGCGUCUGUGGCAAGGGGUCACCGAAGAGCUGAUGUCGGACGAGGAAGACAGCACCCGCGAAGCGGGGGUGUGGGUAGCGCGAUCACCUCGCUUCCGUGCGAUGUCGCUCAGCCAGCUGUGCUACCGUCUGGAUGCCAACUCCAAGCAUGGCACCAAAGCCAACCGGGUCUACGGGCCGCCCUCCGAGCGCCUGCCCUCUGCCGAAGUCCAGCUUCUGCCCCCACAGCUGUAUAACCCCCACUUCCAAGAGGAAGACCCCAAAAUGGGCACCCCAUGCCACAAAGCUUUCGGCUCCGAGCUCAACUCCUUUGUGGAGAUCAAAGUAGAAAAGGACCAGUAGAGGAUCCUCGGCUCCUUUCCACGAUGGCCGGCUGACUAAAACCACCAGGAAGGGGCGGGGGGGGGGGGGCCGGGUUGCGCACAGUUCAUCCUCGAUUUACAACGAUUCGUUUAGCAACCUUUCGAAGUUGAAGGCCUGAAAAAACUUGACUUGCCUCCAAACUG